UCUCGCCGCCACGGCAGUGGGCGCGCCGUGCCGUGGCACGUGGGUCCAGUCGAGGUCCCCCGGCCGGCAGGGGGCGUGAGAUCUCGGCCUCACGCUGGCGUCCACGGGGGCCGGAAGUCCCUCCCCGGAAGGCGUCAUGGGGACGACGGCGGAAGUGGGAGAAGUACCGCCCCUUGGGCUGUGCACCUUCUUGGCGCCGCGGGCACGGGGACCCUGCUGUCAGCCUGGCUUCCUCACUUCUCCGCCGCCCGCUGUCCGCCACCCCGGUCGCCGCCGCGUCCUUCUCCGAAAGCUGGGCGGCCGGCAGUCGCGUCCGGCUGUUGCAGGCGGUGGACACGGAGCACACCGUGGACUCGGUGGAGUGGUGCCCGCUGGAGGGCUGCAGGCACUUGCUGGCGUGCGGCACCUACCAGCUGCGGAAGCCGGAGGACCAGCCCGCCGACCCGGAGAGCAAGAAGGAGCCUCCCAUCCUGGGCCCAGCAGGGUUUAUCCACCUACUCAUUAAUCACAUACAAGAGAAGAGACGUUUCUCCAGCUCGGAAAAUCAUCGGUGCUGCUUCCAGGCAGAGAGUGGACUGGAUGUUGAUGAGCCUCAAAUUCGUUUUGGUCGUCUCUACCUGUAUAGUUUCAAUGAGGACAGCUCUUCUUGCCCCCUGGUUGAGGUCCAAAGAAGGGAUACUUCGGCGAUCCUGGACAUGAAAUGGUGCCACAUUGCUGUGGCCGGCCAUGCGCUCUUGGGAGUGGCAGAGGCUGCUGGGUCCAUAGAGCUACUCCGCUUGGUGCGAUCCGAGCAGAACUCUUACACACUACAGCCGUUCUCCCGCUUUGCCCUGGAAAAGCAGUGUCUGGCCUUGUCCUUGGACUGGUCCACUGGGAAAGCCGGAAGAUUUCCCCACUGCUUCCCUGUAUCUAGGGCCGGUGACCAGCCCUUGAAGAUCAUUAGCAGCGACUCCAGCGGGCAGCUCCAUCUCCUGCAGGCGUACCAGGCAGGACCAGGAAUGCAGGCCGUGGGCACGUGGCAGGCCCAUCACUUUGAGGCCUGGGCUGCUGCUUUCGAUUACUGGCAGACGGAAGUCGUGUAUUCAGGUGGGGACGAUGGCCUUCUGAAAGGCUGGGACACCAGGACCCCUGGCACACCCGUGUUCACAAGCAGGAGACACUCCAUGGGCGUGUGCAGCGUCCAGAGUAGCCCCCAUUGCGAGAACGUCUUGGCCACGGGAAGCUACGACGAGCACGUUCUUCUCUGGGACACUCGGAGCGUGAAGCAGCCGUUGGUGGACGUGCCCAUGCCGGGCGGGGUGUGGAGGCUCAAGUGGCACCCUUUCCACCACCACCUGCUCCUGGCAGCGUGUAUGCAUGGUGGCUUUACGAUCUUCGACUGCCAAAAGGCAAUAGAGGAGAAUCAGGAAGUGCUCCCAGUCACUCUGUCCUACACCUUGCCCAACUCGCUGGUGUAUGGAGUCGACUGGUCCUGGCUGUACUUCCGCCGCUUGCCGCAGACCCAUCCGUCAUUCUGCUUGGGGUCCUCUCCUGGCAGCGACCCAGGAGGCAAAACAGCAGACCCAGUCUGUUCCCUGAAGGAUGCGGCCCAGUCGCCAGCACCCUGUUUUGAGUGUUUAGCUGAUGCUGAUGGAGAGGGUGGUAACAAACACCAGAGUGGAGGCAAGCUGAAGACUCCUCUCCAGCCCUUUGCAGAGGACAAGGACGGCGGCCAGCUGCGUGCCUCAGGGGUCCAGAUCUGUGAGCGUGGCCACUCUCUGGAGGCAGCUGACUCUGAUGUCAGCCUUGUAGCCACUUGCUCCUUUUAUGAUCAUGUUCUUCACCUCUGGAAGUGGGAGAACAGCUGAGCUAGGGCAGUUACUUGGUUUGACAUCAUAAAGACCAUUUCCACCAAUAAAACCAAGAGUAUGUCUUUA